AUGCAGUUCGGUUUCAGGCCAUCCAAGGGCCUAACGUUUACUGUAUUGACCAUACUACAGAUAUUUGGUCUUUACAUAUUCCUCAAAGGCUUCUUAUUAACACAUCAAACAUUUGAUCUACAAGGCCAACGAUUUGAACCAUGGCAAGACUUUCCUCUCACGCAGCAGCACACUCCUGUAAAGAAACCCACUACAAUUCCAUCACAAAAAGGAUUCAAGCGCACCGUGAUUGUCUUGAUUGACGCACUGCGUUUUGAUUUUGCCAUCCACGCGCCAACUGCCACUACCAAGGCAGAGGAGUACUAUCGCAACCAAUUUCCCAUCAUGCAGAAACUCACACAAGAGCAACCCGCUUCGUCAUUGUUAUACCAGUUUCGCGCUGACCCACCUACAACCACCAUGCAGCGUAUCAAGGGCUUGAUGACAGGCUCUCUGCCUACAUUUAUUGAUGCGGGCUCGAACUUUGCGUCUUCAGCUGUCAAUGAAGACCAUUUAUUACGCCAUCUUGCCAACAAAACCAUGUACUUUCUAGGCGAUGAUACAUGGGUCAAUCUGUUUCCAGAGAGUUUUGUCAAAGAGCGGACAUUUGACAGCGACAGUUUCAAGAUGCUCGAUUUGGAUUCGGUGGAUAAUGCCAUUUUGGCUCGACUAUGGGAAGUAUUAGACAAGGACGACUGGCAAGUAACCAUUGCGCAUUUUCUCGGUGUGGAUCAUUGCGGACACACGUAUGGGCCAUCCGAUCCCAACAUGAAGCGAAAGCUAAACCAAAUGAACGACAUUGUAGAGCGUUUGGUGUCUGAUUAUGUGGAUGAGGACACGCUCUUGGUGGUGAUGGGCGACCAUGGCAUGUCAGUGGAGGGUGAUCAUGGCGGAGAAAGUGUAGAGGAGCUGAUCAGCACGCUAUUUAUGCACUCGGGCAGACCCUUGACGUUCACGGAUGACUACUAUCAAGCGCUCUACUAUCGCAUCCAUGAAACAAGAGCACUCAGACUUGGGUACGAUAUCGCUAGCAUCUCGCAAAGACUUGGUUACGAUGCAACAUCUUAUCCCGUUGUUGCUCAGAUCCACAUAGUCCCUUCAUUGGCUUAUUUGCUCAACGUGCCUAUUCCCUUUGGCAAUCUAGGCGCUCUUCUUCCUGAUACACUGAUGCCCAAGUAUCCAGAUAUCCACUCCAGGAUGCGCAACGUUCUCCAUAUGGUACAAGAGUUCCGUACCAACGCCUUGCAAGUAAAGCAUUAUCUUGAUCAGUACGCUCAACAAACGCAUCAACUGGAUUUCUCGCCUGAGAAGCUCCAAUUCAUCACACACCAUUUGUACGCUGCGGAGGACAUCAUGGCACAGCUCAUGCAGACACCUGAUUUCUCAGACAGCAUCCAGAAAGAUCACUCGACUUACUUGGAGCAAUUGGAAGAAGCCAUCUUGGAAUACGAUGCCUUCUUGAUCAGCACCAUCAAGUAUUGCAAGGCUAUUUGGGCUCAAUUUGACACUGGCUGUAUGUUUGUCGGUAUCGUGUUGCUGGGAUUCAGUACGCUGGCCUCUUUGUGGCUGAUGCAUCGUGAACCGAGAGCGUCUUACAGUCGUAUGUCCCUGGUAGGCGCCUCUGUGUUUGUUGCUUGCUUGGCCGCUUCCUGUUUGCGGUAUCAAUUUCCCGAGGCGUUGGUCGCUAGAGGAUGGUUUGAAAAGAUGGAGCAAGUGGACUGGGUUGGCGCUUGCAUGGCGGUCGCUGUGUGCUGUAUGGCAUUCACUUUGCGGCCUCAAGGAGCAGCCUCAUCCGACUGGUAUGUUAUCAUCAUUGCUCAUAUUGUGCAAGCAUGUACACUGGGAUCAAACAGCUUUGUCAUUUGGGAAGACCGCGUUACUCGCCAUGUGCUGGCCACUCUGACCUUGGCUUGGAUCGUUCGCAAUCUGCAGGUGGCCAUUACAAAGACAGAUCGUGCUCUGGCUCUCUUGUACCCUAUUUUGUUUCUGAUCGUAUUGCGGCUGACCAGUGCUAUUGGUCAGUGUCGCGAAGAACAGUUCCCUUAUUGCAGUUACUUCCACAGCGGUAUGCUCGAAUUCAAUCUGGAAAACUACACGGGCUAUGGUACUAUUGCAUUUGUCAUUGUACUCUAUGGCAUGGUGAUCUUUUCAACAACCACCUUGAACCAAAUCGCUGGACUGACCAUUGGCGCCUGCUAUCUUAUACCCUCCAUCAUGGUCCUCUUUAGAAUCUUUUAUGAAAUUGGUGCCAAGUCUCUCAAAAUUGAGCAAGGACAACGCGAAAUGCCGCUGAUGGUGCAUCAUGUGCUUGAUGUAUACAUGCCUCGCGUCGUGUAUGCCUUGACCUUUAUUGGCAACAACAUGAUUUUGGCAGACUGGUAUUUUAAUAGUCGCCCUCGUCGUAUCAUGAGUUGGGCCUUGUUCUUCCUGUGGACUCCCUUGUUGGCCGUCGUUCAGCGUCCUUUAGGUGCUGCUCUCAUACUUGCCUCACCUUGGAUUAUCAAGUUGUUGGCCACUGGCAAAUCCAACAGUCUGCUGAUUCGACUGACCAUGCUCCACUUCUUGGGCCAUCACUUGUUCUUUGCCACUGGACAUCAAACUACUUUUACUUCUCUGCCUUGGAAGGCUGCAUUUGUAGGGUUCGAGGACAUGAACUACUAUGGUGGUAUGAUCUUGGUGACACUGGCUACCGUAGCAGGCUACAUUAUCACUUGGUUUGGCUGGUUGGUCCUGCUGUCUGAAAACCCUCAUCAACGUCAAACAUUGCACUUGCUGAUAUUGCUGCAGUCCAUACCAACCUUCUUGAGCGCCAUCUUUAUCUUUGUCCUAAAGAGACAUUUGAUGACCUGGAAGAUCUUUGCCCCUAGAUUCUUAUUCCAACUAUUAUUGCAAGUGAGCUCCCAUGUAGCUGCAAUCAUCUUGGAGAAAAUUGUAGAAUAG